UGUUAAAGGUCAGUAGUUUGUCCAUGAGAGGUGAAACAGGCAGAACAUUGAUUAUCAGCGUACAAUCAGACAGCAAAGGUCGGUACAAAGUUCAUUUGUGUGAAAUUCCAGCAGACUGAGAGAAGCAGCAGAGAUUCCACACUGGAGGGAACAAGACGAGAACAUCUGGAUUUAUGUGUCCGUAACAAAGACAGUAAAGACAAAAGAAAAAAGAAGACAGGUUCAUCCAACUGAGACCGACUGACUGUGAGACGAUGGACAUCCUUGACACUCAUGCCUACGACAGGCGGCAGAGGAGAUACAUGUCUUGUGCUCUCUUUUUCUCUCUCCUGCCUUUCUUUUUGUCCACAGCUUUGUACUUUUACCUGUGGACUCCUGACUCCACGGGGUCCAUCAUAUCUGCAGCCGUCAAAACGGCCCCCGCUCUGCUGCUGGCGGCAGCCGUGCUGAGCUGGAACGGAGGUCAGAGUGUGCUGGGUGUGGUGGGAGGAUUGGUCUGCUCUGCUGUGGGGGACUGGUGCCUGGUGUGGCCUGAGCAUUUUCUGCACGGAAUGGGAGCUUUUGCUGCGGCUCACCUGCUCUACUCAUUCGCCUUCAUCUCCAGCAAUUAUUCAGCAUAUUCCGCUUCCUCUUCCGUCGGUUUUCGUUUUCUGUAUCUUAUCCUUUUUAUGAUAGGAGGAGGUUUUUACAUCUACAUAUUUCCAUUCCUGCAGACAGCGCCAGACUCAGAGCUACUGGUUCCAGCUGUGGGGAUCUAUGUUGUUUUGAUUGCUAUAAUGGGGGCAUUAGCCAUCAGAUCCCGCCACACAGCAACCCUGUUGGGGAGUUUGUCCUUCAUGGUGUCCGACCUGUCGCUGGCUCUGCAGAUUUUCAAGGCGACGCCGCCAAUGGAGUACGGUAAUGCUCUUGUCAUGGUGACGUAUUAUUCUGCACAGUUACUAAUAGCUGUGGGCGAUAUAAAGGCAGUGGAGAACAAGGACGACUUUUCAAAAUGGAAGAGGUCCUAAACAGCAUUCAUGAGGCAUCCCUAGAGUCUGGGGUAUCUCCAUCAGCCUCGUGAAUCCUAAAACUACCUAUAAAACUUCAUGUAGGUCUUAUUAGUGUUUAAUUUUAACACAUUAAGUACAGGAAAAGAGGAAACUAGAAAGACAGUUCUCCUUUUUUUCCCAACACUUGAUGGCUACUGGCUAAUUUCAAACAAGUUAUUAAACAGCAAGAUAUUUAAAUACCACAGUUUACAAUCAAAACUAAAAAAAGAAACUCCACAUACAUCAGUUUAGAAUAAUAUCUGUAUUCUCUUAUAUGUGCCAAAAUAUUUGAAUUUUGUGUGACAUCCAUGUGUUUGUGUAAGUUGUGCCUGUGGUGACAAAUGUGAGCUAACCAUUAUAUGUAUAAAUACACAAAUGGCUUUUGUAAAUAAUAAAUAAAUAUGGUGAAACAUGUU